AAUCACACUCCCUCCUUUACGCCCAUUAUUCCACGGUCUGCACUCUCUCAGAGCAUCUUGAAGCCAUGAACAUUGUGCGCGAAAUCAACAAGAUCAACGAGCGCGAACUCGAGCUUGGCGCGACUGGUUCAUGGCAUGAUGACUACAAGGACUCAGCAUACGUCUUUGUGGGUGGCCUCCAUCCUGAUCUGACUGAAGGAGAUGUCAUCACUAUAUUCUCUCAGUAUGGAGAGGUCAUGGACAUCAACCUUCCCCGCGAUAAAAUUACGGGAAAGACAAAGGGCUUUGGCUUCCUAAUGUACGAGGACCAGCGCUCGACUAUCCUGGCUGUAGACAAUCUGAACGGUGCCAAGGUCCUAGAGAGGACCUUGCGGGUCGAUCAUGUAAGGAACUACAAGCAGCCCAAGGUCAAAGGAGAGGAAGGUGAAUGGCAGGAGCGGGAAGAGCAGAGCCUCAACGCGAAACCCGAGAUAAUCAUGGGUUCGUUCCACAUCGUCCUCCAACGCUCUCAUGCGCUCACUGUUUUCAUUCGAUCCGUCAGAGGAGAAUGUCGAGUCGGAAUCAUCCGCGGAUGAG